CGCCCACCCCCCGUCCCAGCAUCAACACCGCACAUCCAGCCAACGACGGGCGUCUUCAAAGGGGUCACUGCAACAAAGUUGAAUGCCGCACUGCCGCAGCUUGACGUAGUGGGCUCCUUUUCCACAUACUCCACCCACACAACCGAAACUCGAUAAACCGAUUACCCAUUCCACGAUAGCCGUCGCCAGCAUGGCCCAGGCCUACGACGACGAGGAGCUGUCCAUCUCCCUGUCGCCCUCUCAGAUCCGCCGGAACAAGAGACAGGGCGACGUAGGAUACGGCCAGACUCCCGUCGGCUCCAUCAACACCGCCAUCAUGCUGCCAGGCAACGCCAACCCCCAGUUGCCCAUGCGCGACAAGAUGCGCACCGAGCAGCGCAUCGGCGCCUACAACAUUGUCAAGACGCUCGGCGAGGGCUCCUUCGGCAAGGUCAAGCUGGCUGUCCACCGCAGCACCGGCCAGCAGGUUGCCCUCAAGAUCAUCUCUCGCAAGAAACUUAUCAGCCGCGACAUGCAGGGCCGUGUCGAGCGCGAGAUUGAGUAUCUUCAGCUGCUCCGCCAUCCUCACAUCAUUAAGCUUUAUACCGUUAUCAAGACCCCGACCGAGAUCAUUAUGGUCCUCGAGUAUGCCGGUGGAGAAUUGUUCGAUUACAUUGUGCAGCAUGGCAAGAUGCGCGAGGAUGAGGCCCGUCGGUUCUUCCAGCAGAUGCUAUGCGCCGUCGAGUAUUGCCAUCGCCACAAAAUUGUCCACCGUGACUUGAAACCCGAGAACUUGCUUCUGGAUGAGAACCUAAACGUCAAGAUCGCCGAUUUCGGUCUCAGCAACAUCAUGACGGAUGGAAACUUCCUCAAGACCAGUUGCGGCUCCCCCAACUACGCGGCCCCUGAAGUUAUCGGCGGAAAGCUGUAUGCCGGACCCGAGGUCGAUGUGUGGAGUUGCGGUGUCAUUCUCUACGUUCUACUUGUCGGCCGUCUUCCCUUCGACGAUGAACAUAUCCCGAGUCUGUUCGCCAAGAUUGCGAAGGGAAGCUACAUGGUACCGACUUGGAUGAGUCCGGGCGCAUCCACCCUUAUUAAGAAGAUGUUGGUGGUCAACCCGGUCCAGCGUGCGACUAUCGAGGAAAUUCGACAAGACCCAUGGUUCCUCAAGGACCUUCCAUCGUAUCUGCACCCACCAGUAGAAGAGUUCCUCAACACCGGCGUCGACCCCAACAAGGCUAUCAGGGUGAGCGACAUCGCCCCUGGCGCACCUCCACAAGAGCAGGUGAAGCUCCACAACGAAGUCACGGAGAAGAUCAGCAAGACCAUGGGUUACGGCAAGAGGGAUGUCGAGGAGGCGCUGGAAGCCGAGGAACCAUCCGCCAUCAAGGACGCCUACAUGAUUGUUCGCGAGAACAAGCUCAUGGAAAACAACCGUAAGUGCACUUUUCUUUGA